UCUGCUUCCAGGCAACACUGGCUGCUGCUAACUCUUGCCCGUUGCCAUCUUGCCAUUUUCGUUGGUGACGCAACUUUAGCAACUUCUGAUAGAAAAUGAAUGGGCUUGAUCUGUUUUCCAUACUUUCGGGACUGAGUCUGAUUUUGAUUUUCAUUUUAAAAAUAAAACUCACCCUAACUAAGAAUUUCAAGAAGCAAUCUCCUCCAGGACCAAGGCCUUUGCCAGUCAUUGGAAACCUGCACAUACUCAAUCUGAAGAGGCCCUACCAAACCAUGCAAGAGCUCUCCAAAAAAUAUGGCCCCAUCUUCAGCUUGAGGAUGGGCCCCAAGACAGUGGUGGUGCUAUCAGGAUAUGAGACGGUGAAGGAUGCCCUCGUGAACUACUCAGAGCAGUUUGGAGAAAGGGCACAUGUCCCUAUUUUUGAAAGAGUUUUUGAAGGAAGAGGAAUUGUCUUUUCUCAUGGUGAAAACUGGAAAACCAUUAGAAGAUUCAGCUUGGCAACACUGAGAAACUUUGGCAUGGGCAAGAAAGUCAUAGAGGAGAGGAUUCUGGAAGAAUGUCAGCAUCUAAUACAAGUCUUUGAGUCCCAUCAAGGAAAGCCCUUUGAGAUCAGCACAAUAUUGAACGCUUCUGUUGCCAACAUCAUUGUGUCAAUAUUGCUUGGGAAGCGAUUUGACUACAAAGAUCCUCAAUUCCUGAGACUUUUACACUUGAUUGGUGAAAAUAUAAUACUUAUAGGAAGUCCAAGCAUUACGAUCUUCAACAUGUUUCCAGUCUUGGGGUUCCUUUUGCAAGAUUUGAAAAGAGUACUCAGGAAUAGAGAUGAAUUGUUCUCUUUUAUAAGGAUGACUUUCUUAAAGCACCUUCAGAAACUGGAUAAAAAUGACCAAAGAAGUUUCAUCGAUGCCUUUCUCAUCAAACAGCAGGAGGAGAAAGACAAAUCUGAUGACUACUUCAAUAAUGAUAACUUGGUGGCCCUUGUUUUUAACCUGUUUGCUGCUGGAACAGAGACUACUGCCUCCACUCUACGUUGGGGAAUUCUACUCAUGAUGAAAUAUCCUGAGAUCCAGAAAAAGGUCCACAAUGAGAUCACUGAAGUUAUAGGAUCAGCCCAGCCUCGAAUUGAGCACCGAACUCAAAUGCCAUAUACAGAUGCUGUCAUCCAUGAAAUUCAGAGAUUUUCUAAUAUCCUUCCAAUGAACAUAUCCCGGGAAACUACCACAGAUGUGGUCUUUAAAAACUAUUACAUCCCAAAGGGGACUGAGGUCAUUACCUUGUUAUCCUCAGUACUUCAAGACCAAACUCAGUGGGAGAAACCUUGCACUUUCCAUCCCCAGCAUUUUCUCACCAAGGAAGGAAAAUUUGUCAAGAAAGAUGCAUUCCUGCCCUUUUCAGCAGGUCGGAGGAUGUGUGCAGGGGAGUCUCUAGCCAAAAUGGAGCUGUUUCUGUUUUUCACCAGCCUUCUUCAGAAAUUCACCUUCUACCCAUCUCCUGGAGUCUCUAACAAUGACCUGGAUCUCACUCCAGACAUUGGAUUCACAACACGGCCACUGCCCUUCAAGAUUUGUGCUCUGCCAUAUUCCUAGGGGCUCUCUUGGGCUCCUUCACCUGGCUCCUGGAUAUCUAUCAAUCAAUCAGUCAGUCAAUCUAUCUAUCUAUCUAUCUAUCUAUCUAUCUAUCUAUCUAUCUAUCUAUCUAUCUAUCUAUCUAUCUAUUCUUUCUCUAUCUUCCUUCCUUCUCUACCAUCUAUUUCCCUUCUCCUCAGGAUUUGCCACCCACCCAGAUGACUGCCCUGACUCUUAAUUUCAUCUGCCUGAGGGAUCAUUCUGUUCUAAACACAGGGAUUCUUUUGGCCCACCAAACUAUCUCAACUAGUCAUUCAUUUCUAAUUGCUGUAGGCAAGCAUGUUGCUAUUGCCCGUCUAGAGGAUUAAAGUAAAGCAACUAAAGCACUAGUAGCAUUUUACUCCGCUGAUCAAGUAACUACUUAUUGCUUAAUAUUUUUCUGUUUCAAAGGUGAAGGUUUCAAGUUACUUCCAAAUAUCAGAAAAGCUUACAGGAAUCAGUUUCUUAAAUGAUCAGCAAAAAGAAAAUCGUAUCACAUUCUGAUCAGGUUGAUCACAUACAUCUCCAUAUGUAAACUACUGAAGAAAAUCAGCUUUGAGAAGUGAUUUUCACCAUUAGAUCCAGCUCAUUAGCCUCAGUCUUGUAAAGCAAAGUAUUGAAGGAUAAAGGACUAGCUAGCCCAGUCUUCUUGCUUGCAGGUAUUGUCUUAAACUGCAAAUUUUAAAUAAUUGCAUAAAUAUCAGCAAUUAUUAUUACUACUCA